GUUUUACAAUGCACAGGAAACCGGAUUCAAAAUCCUGAUCAUGAUCCACGUAGGACACAGAGCGAGCAGACGCGAACACCUCAGCUAACGCAAGUGAUGCCGCCAUUACCUGCACCUGCACCUGCACCUGCACCUGCAAAUAAGUCAAAUACCGCAACAAGCAAAUUGCUAUCAGAGCAAAAGGGAGCAGGAAUAUUUCGUUGUACCCAAUGAUGAUGGGGAAAAAUGCUUGUGUGUGAUUUGUUUAAAAAAAUCUUCCAAACAAAUCGUAUAACUUAAACGGGCAGCACUGUAACGGGUCCUCUCUGAAGGUUUAUCCAACAAAACGGACAUUGUAAAACGCGUCAGAAACUUACAACUCCACGAGCAAAUAUCUCUGCGAAGCAAACUUCUCUGCGAUGAACAAACAAUCGGAGGAAUCGACUAGGAAGCUAUAGACUGGACCACUGUCAACGCAUUGCCACUACCUCAAUUGAGCCGAAUUACAGCAGCCUUAUGAAAGCCAUCUGCAAACCAAGGGUUUCAUCACAAUAAGCCUACAAGCUAAAACCAUGGGUGUUCAGUUGACCAGUGCUGGUCACUAGAGAGUGAAAAGACUUGGGAUCCCAGCCAACUGGACCUUCUCUAACCCGGGGCGAUUCCACCACCAAUUAUGAGUCGCUCAAGGUUACCCAACAGCUUCUUCAGACCCAGUUUCCAUGACCUGCUCGGGGCAGUACAUUUCAAAAUGAGGGGGCUGAAGAAGGAGUCUCUUUUUCCUUAUGGUCAACCUCGAGCAGUGCGAUCAUUUGUCGUGGGAAGAACCAACUCGCUGACUGUCAGAAGUGGAGUUUGUAAACGGAAGCGCAGGAUGUGCCACCACUGGAGCUCCCAGUUCUACAGGCUCCCAGAUGAAUCUUAAAUGCAUGACACCAUGCAUUUAAUUACAGUCUUUUGGAUGCUUUAAACAGAUCAAUCCACACCCUGUAUCCUGGACCCAAUGAUUUAAUGAGCCCAGCUCAGCUUUGCCAGCCAUGGAACAGAUGGACUGCAAACCCUACCAGCCUCUCUCUAAGGUCCGACGCGAGAUGGAGCUGGCAUACACCAGCUCCUCGGAUGAGAGCGAUGACGGGCAGAAUGUGCGAAAGUCGUACACCUCCCGGGAAACGCUGCCUGACUACACUCAGGAUGUGAGACUCAGCUACAACAGCCACAAGAGGCAGAAAACACUCACUGAGCCGGAGCAAGAACUGGAGUUCUGCGAGACGCCGCCCCAGAUGAUGUGCCCGCCGAGCUUCCAGGCCGAGCUGCACGGGUACCCGCUGGGCGCGGGGAUGGGCUCCGACGUGGACACGGAGCCCGAGGGCAGCCCCUCGCCCGACCACGCCCUGCGCCUCUGGAUGCGGGAGAUCAAGUCGGAGCACAGCUCCUGCCUGUCCAGCCGGGCCAACUCUGUGCUCUCCCUCACCGACACCGAGCAGGAGCGCAAGUCGGACGGAGAGCCCGAGCUGCCCAGUCCCCACGCCCAUUUCACCUUCAGGCCCCUCCCCCCGCCCCCGCCCCCUCCUCAUGCCUGCACCUGUGCCCGCCCUGCCCCCCAUGCUCCUCAUGCCCCGGAAGCCCUGCAGCGGAACACCCUGCCCGCACGCAGCCAGAGUAGCCAGGUCGCGGAUACGGGCGGGGCACCGACCGACUGCGCACAGCUCCACAACAGCUGGGUCCUCAACAGCAACAUCCCACUGGAAACCAGACACUUCCUGUUCAAGCAUGGAUCCGGUUCUUCGGCCCUCUUCAGUGCAGCCAGCCAGAACUAUCCCCUCACCUCCAGUACAGUGUACUCCCCGCCCCCGCGACCUCUACCCAGAAGCACCUUCUCCAGACCGGCGUUCACCUUCAGCAAGCCCUACAAGUGCUGCAACUGGAAGUGCACGGCUCUGAGCGCCACCGCCAUCACCGUGACCUUGGCGCUCCUCCUCGCCUAUGUCAUUGCAGUGCACUUGUUUGGCCUGACCUGGCACCUCAAACCUGCAGAUGGGCAGCUGUACGAGAACGGCGUCAGCAAGUUCAACAAGGACUCUGAAACCAUGGAAACCACCUUUACACCUGCAGAUACUUCUGGGCCUGACAAGACUAGCAGAGGUGAUAAAGGAGAUAAAAGUGUGUAUCAGAGGGGCAGAUCGAUUGACAGAGGGGAGGUGGACAUCGGGACCCAGGUGAUGCAGACCGUUCCCCCAGGCCUGUUCUGGCGUUUCCACCUCACUGUUCACCACCCCACCUACGUCAAAUUCAACAUUUCACUGGCCCGGGAUGCUCUGCUGGGGAUCUACGGAAGGAGGAACAUCCCGCCUACGCACACUCAGUUUGAUUUUGUGAAGCUGUUAGAUGGGAAGCAGCUGAUUAAGCCGGAGACGAAGGGGCCGGAGGAGUCCAGCUCUGCGCCUCGAAACCUGAUCCUCGGCGCACUGCAGGAGACCGGCUUUAUCGAGUACAUGGACCCCGGGACCUGGUAUCUUGCCAUUUACAACGACGGCAAGAAGAUUGAACAAGUGCUCGUCCUCAGCUCCACAAUUGAAACCAUGGACGGUUGCUCCACAGACUGCAAUGGGAACGGCGAGUGUGUGGCGGGCCACUGUCACUGCUUCACCGGGUUCCUUGGCCCCGACUGUGCGAAAGAUUCCUGCCCGGUCCUGUGCAGUGGGAAUGGGGAGUAUGAGAAGGGCCACUGCGUUUGCCACCCGGGCUGGAAGGGCCCAGAGUGCGACCUGCAGGAGGACCAGUGCAUGGACCCCACCUGCUCUAACCACGGAACCUGCAUCCAGGGCAUCUGCAUGUGCAGCCCCGCCUACAAGGGAAACAACUGCGAGCAAGUGGACUGCCUGGAUCCUCAGUGUGCGGGCCAUGGCGUGUGUGUGAAGGGGGAGUGUCUGUGCUCGCCGGGGUGGGGUGGGGACGGCUGUGACGCCCCCUUGCCAGCCUGUCAGGAGCAGUGCUCAGGACACGGCACAUACUUGCCCGAUACCGGCACCUGCACCUGCGACCCCAGCUGGACCGGCUCUGACUGCUACAUAGAGGUGUGUCCGGUGCCUUGCGGUAGCCACGGCGUGUGCUCGGAAGGGCGGUGCCAGUGUGAGGACGGCUGGGAGGGGCUGGGGUGCGACCAGCGGGCGUGUCACCCUCGCUGCGAGGAGCAUGGACAGUGCCGGGAUGGGAAGUGUGAGUGCCACCCGGGCUGGGAAGGAGACCACUGCACUAUCGCACACUACUUGGAUGCUGUUGUGAAAGAUGGCUGCCCGGGUCUGUGUAACGGCAAUGGUAGAUGCACGCUAGAGCAGAGCGGGUGGCACUGCGUGUGCCAGGCAGGCUGGAACGGCGUGGGCUGCAACGUCGUCAUGGAGACGGAGUGCAACGACAGCGCCGACAACGACGGAGAUGGACUGACGGACUGUGUGGACCCAGACUGCUGCCAGCAGCCCAGCUGUUCCAGCGGUGCCCUGUGCCAGGGCUCCCCUGACCCGCUGGACCUGGUGCAGCAGAACCAGAUGCCCUUCUUCCUGCUGUACCCACGCCUCUUCUACGACCGCGUCCGCUUCCUGGUGGGCAAGGCCAGCACCCACGUCCUGCCCGGGGACUUGCCGAAUAGCAGCCGGGCGUGUGUUGUGCGGGGCCAGGUUGCGGCUAUAGACGGGACCCCGCUGGUGGGAGUCAACAUCAGUUUCCUACAGCACCCCGAGUACGGUUUCACAGUCAGCCGGCAGGACGGCAGUUUUGACUUAGUCGCUUCUGGGGGGAUCUCCGUGACCCUGGUGUUCCAGCGUGCCCCCUUCAUUACUGAGAGACGCACCGUCUGGUUGCCGUGGAACCAGUUUGUGGUGCUGAGCAAGGUCACCAUGGACAGAGUGGAGACCCCGCCCUCCGUCUGUGACAUCAAGAACUUCAUCAGCCCGUACCCCGUGGUCCUGCCCGCCCCCCUUACCCGGUUUGCUGGUGCCUGUAUGGAGCGGGGCCCUGUCAUUCCAGAGCUGCAGGCCGUCCAAGAAGAGAUUCCCAUCCCCGGCAGUUUCGUGAAGCUCAGCUACCUCAGCACCCGAACGCCGGGCUACAAGUCCCUGCUGAGGGUCAUCCUGACCCCCUCCGUCAUCCCGGCCGGCCUGGCCAAGGUGCACGUGGCGGCCGAAGUGGAGGGCCGCCUCUUCCAGAAGUGGUUCCCCGCCGCCCCGGGGCUGGUCUACAUCCUGGCUUGGAACAAGACCGACAUCUACGGCCAGAAGGUCACAGGGCUGACGGAGGCCAUUGUGUCUGUGGGCUAUGAGUAUGAGUCGUGCCCUGACUUUGUUGUGUGGGAGAAGAGGACCGCUCUGCUGCAGGGGUUCGAGAUGACCGGGUCAAACCUGGGUGGCUGGUCCCUGGACAAGCACCACAGUCUCAACCUGCAAAGCGGGAUUCUCCACAAAGGCAAUGGGGAGAAUGUGUUCAUAUCCCAGCAGCCCCCUGUCAUCACCACGGCGAUGGGAAACGGUUACUACCGCACCAUCCCCUGUCCCAGCUGCGAUGGCCCCGCCCUGGACAGCAAGCUCUUCGCCCCCGUCGCUGUGGCGUGCGGCCCAGACGGCAGCGUCUACAUUGGGGAUUUUAACUUUGUACGGCGAAUUCUCCCGAACGGCCACACCAUCAGCAUCUUGGAACUCAGGAACCGUGACAUAAGACACAGCACUAGCCCGGCCCAUAAGUACUACCUGGCUAUGGACCCGGUCUCCGAAACCCUGUACCUCUCGGACACCAGCAGCAGGAAGGUGUACCGGCUGCGCACCAUCACCGAGUCCAAAGAGCUGGCCAAGAACGUGGAGGUGGUGGCAGGGACCGGGGAGCAGUGCCUGCCCUUCGACCAGGAUCACUGCGGGGACGGAGGGAAGGCGUCGGAGGCCCUGCUCAACAACCCCAGAGGAAUUGCCGUAGACAAGAGAGGCUUUGUCUAUUUUGUUGACGGAACCAUGAUCAAGCGGAUCGACAAGAAAGGAGUGAUAACAACCAUCAUCGGUUCCAACGGGUUGACAUCGACUCAGCCGCUGAGCUGUGAUGCCCGCAUGGACAUCACCCAGGUGCGUCUGGAGUGGCCCACCGACCUGGCCGUCAACCCCCUGGACAACUCCCUCUACGUGCUGGACAACAACAUCGUCAUCCAGGUGUCGGAGAGCGAGCAGGUGCGCAUCGUGGCCGGGCGCCCCAUCCACUGCCAGGUGCCGGGCAUCGACCACUACCUGGUGAGCAAGGCGGCGGUGCACUCCACGCUGGAGGCGGCCAAGGCCAUCGCCGUGUCCCACCGGGGCACGCUGUACAUCGCCGAGACGGACGAGCGGAAGAUCAACCGCGUCCAGCAGGUCACCACCAACGGCGAGAUCUCCGUCAUCGCCGGGGCGCCCUCCGAGUGCGACUGCAAGAUCGACCCCAACUGCGACUGCUUCUCCGGCGAUGGUGGGUAUGCCAGAGAUGCCAAGCUGAAGGCACCCUCUUCCCUGGCAGCGUCCCCCAACGGCACGCUCUACAUCGCUGACCUGGGCAACGUGCGCAUACGCGCCCUGAGCCCCAACUGGCCGCACCUCAGCCCCGCCCACAUGUACGAGGUGGCCUCCGCUUCGGACCAGGAGCUCUACCUGUUCAGCGCCAACGGCACCCACCUCCACACCAAGAACCUGAUCACGGGGGACUACAUCUACAACCUGACGUAUUCUGCCGACGGCCACGUCAUCGGCAUCACCGGGAGCGACAGCGACUCCGUCCACGUCCACCGCGACGCCAACGGCGUGCCCCUGUGGCUGGCGGCACCUGGGGGGCAGGUCUACUGGCUGACCAUCAGCAACAACGGUGCUCUCAAGAGAGUUUCUGACCAGGGCCAUGACCUUGCGCAGGUCACCUACCAUGGAAACACUGGUCUCCUAGCAACCAGCACCAACGAGAACGGCUGGGCCACAGUCUAUGAGUAUAACUCCGAAGGCCAUCUCAUCAAUGUCACUUUUCCAACGGGGGAAGUCAGCAGUUACCACGGUAACAUGGAGAAGUCUGUUAGGGUGGAAGCGGAGACUUCGAAUCGAGAGAACUUUAUCACUGCAACGAACUUCUCAGCCACAAACACAGUCUACACACUGCGUCAAGAGCACGCUCAGAACGCGUACCGGGUCAGUGCCGACGGCUCGCUCCGCGUCACGUUCAGCAGUGGCAUGGAGGUGACGCUCAGCACGGAGCCUCAGCUCUCGGCGGGCGUGGUCAACCCUGCGGUGGGCAGAUGCAACAUCACCCUUCCAGGCGAGCACGGCCCCAGCCUCAUCGAGUGGAGGCAGAGGCGGGAGCAGGCCAAGGGAAACUACACCACCUACGAGCGGCGGCUGCGGGCUCAUAACAGAAAUCUGCUGUCCAUAGACUUUGACCAAGCCACACGAGUGGGCAAGAUCUAUGAUGACCAUCGCAAAUUUACCCUCAGGAUCCUCUAUGACCAAAUGGGACGUCCCAUUAUCUGGUCUCCUAGUAGCAAAUAUAAUGAGGUGAAUGUGUCUUACGCUGCCACGGGCCUGGUCACCAGCAUUCAGCGAGGAAACUGGUCGGAGAAACUUGAGUAUGACAAUGGAAGGGUGGUCUCCAGAACUUGGGCCAAUGGGAAGAUAUGGAGCUACACUUUCCUGGAGAAGACGGUCAUGCUGCUCCUUCACAGUCAGCGUAGGUACAUCUUUGAGUACGACCAGACGGACCGGCUCCUGUCCAUCACCAUGCCUAGCAUGGUGCGGCACAGCAUGCAGUCCCUGCUGUCGGUGGGCUACUACCGCAACAUCUACAGCCCGCCGGACAGCAACGGCACCUUCAUCCAGGACUACACCCGUGACGGGCGCCUGCUCCAGGCCCUGUACCUGGGCACCGGCCGCCGUGCCCUCUACAAGUACACCAAGCAGUCCCGCCUGGCAGAGAUCCUCUACGACACCACCUUGGUCACCUUCACUUAUGACGAUGCCUCGGGUGUGGUCAAGACCAUCCACCUCAUGCACGAGGGCUUUAUCUGCACCAUCAGAUACAGGCAGACAGGUCCUCUUGUUGGGCGACAGAUCUUCAGAUUUAGUGAAGAAGGGCUUGUGAAUGCUCGAUUUGACUACAGCUACAACAACUUUAGAGUGACCAGCAUGCAGGCUAUGAUCAACGAAACACCGCUGCCCAUUGACCUCUAUCGCUAUGUGGACGUCUCCGGGCGAGUCGAACAGUUUGGCAAAUUCAGCGUAAUAAACUACGACCUCAACCAGGUCAUCACUACUCAUGCCAUGAAACAUACCAAGAUUUUCAAUGCCAAUGGACAGGUGAUCGAGGUCCAGUACGAGAUCCUGAAGUCCAUCGCCUACUGGAUGACUAUGCAGUAUGAUAACAUGGGCCGUACCACCACAUGCGACAUCAGAAUAGGCGUGGACAGCAACAUCACUCGCUAUUCAUAUGAGUACGAUGCCGACAGCCAGCUCCAGAGCGUCUCGGUGAACGAUCGCCCACAGUGGCGCUAUAGCUAUGAUCUAAACGGCAACAUCAACCUACUGAGCCACGGCAACAGCGCCCGGCUCACCCCGCUACGCUACGACCUGCGUGACCGCAUCACCAGGCUGGGGGAGAUACAGUACAAAGUGGACGAGGAUGGCUUCCUUCGUCUCCGGGACAAUGAUGUGUUCGAAUACAACUCCAACGGCCUCCUGAGCAAGGCAUACAACAAGGUGUCCAAGCAGAGCCUGCAAUACCGCUACGAUGGUCUGGGCAGGCGGGUGGCCAGCAGGGGCAGUUCUGGCCAGCACCUCCAGUUCUUCUACGCAGAUCUCACCAAGCCAUCCAGAGUCACCCACAUAUACAACCACACAAGCUCCCAAAUCACAUCCCUCUACUAUGACCUUCAGGGUCACCUCAUCGCCAUGGAGCUGAGCAGCGGGGAGGAGUACUAUGUCGCCUGUGACAACUCGGGCACCCCUUUGGCCAUUUUCAGCAGCCGGGGGCAAAUUGUCAAGGAGAUUUUGUACACCCCUUAUGGAGACAUAUACCAGGACUCCAAUCCCUCCUUCCAACUUAUAAUUGGUUUCCAUGGUGGCCUCUAUGACCCGCUUACCAAGCUUGUCCACCUGGGGCGGCGGGACUAUGACGUGGUGGCAGGCAGGUGGACAACACCAAAUUAUGACUUGUGGUCAGAGCUCAGUGCCAACCCAAGGCCCUUCAACCUCUACUCUUUCAAAAACAACUGUCCAGUCGGGGAGCUACAAGAUGUCACUCAGUUCACAACAGACAUCGGCAGCUGGUUAGAGCUGUUUGGCUUCCAGCUUCACAACGUGGUGCCCGGGUUCCCCAAGCCAGACGUGGACAGCACGGAGCAGACGUACGAACUGAUGAAGACCCAGACCAAAACGCAGGACUGGGACUCCAGCAAGGUGGUUUUGGGUAUCCAGUGUGAGCUGCAGAAGCAUCUGAGCACCUUCAUCUCUCUGGACCGUUUGCCCAUGACCCGGGUCAGCAGCUCGGUGGGCCGGCGCUCAGACCGGGGGCCGCGCUUCUCCGCCUUCCCCUCCCUUUUCGGGAAGGGCGUCCGGUUCGCCGUCCUGGAGGGCGUGGUCACGGCCGACAUCAUCGGGGUGGCCGGCGAGGACAGCCGGCGGGUGGCCGCCAUCCUCAACAACGCCGUGUACCUGAGCGGGCUGCGCUUCACGGUGGACGGGCGCGACACGCACUACUUCGUCAAGCUGGGGCCCCUGGAGGGCGACCUGGGCGUGAUGGCGAGCGGCGGCGGGAGCGUCCUGGAGAGCGGGGUCAACGUGACCGUGUCCCAGAUGACCUCGGUGGUGAGCGGCAGGACUAGGCGCUUCGCCGACAUCCAGCUGCAGAGGGGCGCCCUGUGCUUCAACGUCCGCUACGGCGCCACGGUGGAGGAGGAGAAGGAGCACGUCCUGGAGAUGGCCCGCCAACGGGCCGUGGAGCAGGCCUGGACUCGCGAGCAGAAGAGGCUCCGGGAGGGCGAGGAGGGCGUGCGGGCGUGGACCGAGGGCGAGCGCCAGCAGCUGCUCGCCACGGGGAGGGUGCCGGGCUACGAUGGCUACUUCGUCCUGUCCGUAGAGCAGUACCUGGAACUUUCCGACAGUGCCAACAACAUUCACUUUAUGAGACAGAAUGAAAUAGGAAGGAGGUAACAGUGGAAAGCCUUCGUAUCCACUCCAUCUCUCCUUCACCAAAGACUGCCUGUUUUUAGACCUUGGAUGAUUUGUUGUACUGUUUUUCUAGAAUGAUAACUCUGUAAAUAUAUAUUUAAAAAAAGAUCAGAAAAACUGGAGAAUUAACUUCCACUUGCCUUUAAUUGUGACAAAUGAUGGUAUUUUAUUAUUGUUCUCUAUGGAGUUUCCUUUUUUUCAUAGUAUGGAUGCUGUCAGGCUUGUGGUUUGUUUUUACUGAGCAGUUUUGUUUCUGAGUGGCUUAGCUUUUCUACGUUGGGAAUACUCCUUCCCAUCAGUGUGUAGUAUCCAAUAACUCUGAAUGCCACAAUAAUCUAAACAUAACUGAAAUGCGAAAUCUAAAACAAAAUACAGCGUUUGAAGAUCAGCUUCAUAUUUACAUUAGUUUUUAAAGGAGGCCUCUGAGCUGUUGUUUGUAGCUUAUACACAGCACAUUUAUAACAAUCAAUUUUAUGUGCUGGCUCAUGAAAGGCCUUGUCAAUUCAACUUGAUGCCGUUCUUUUAUAAUUCCUUAUCUAAUUCUUAUAAUACCCACAAAAAUGAUCCAUUUUUCUUUCGCACACCUAUUUGACAACGAUUCAAAAUAAUUUGAGUAAAAAACUGAGUGUGUUCAUGUACUUGUACUCACUCAAAAUUGUAAAUUGUAAAUAGAGAGUUCAUGAAAAGCAGCAAGUGCAAAUUGAUAUUUAUGUUGUCACCCAUUAUUAAGUGUCAAUAUUGUUAAUCAAUAGAUGCAGUUAUGUUUUUGCAAAGAGUUAAAAAAGUGAUGUAAAAUAUUCAAGCAGAAAAUCUCUAUAAAAUCUCUAUAUAGAGUUUACUUUUCUAUGGAUUAUUUAACAUGUUACAGUGCAGAUUAGUAUUAUGUGCAUUAUUGAAAUAUAAUGCAUAAUUUGGGUGAAGCUUGUGCCUUUUUUGUUUAUUUUUUAUUGUUUUUAAAGCUUUGAAGUGUGGGAUAGAGGAAAAAAUAGCGGUCCUUGUUCCAAGCCACUGACAACCUGCUUAAAGCGCUUUGCCAAAACCUGGAAUCAUUAUGGGGGGAUUUUUGCAGGUUUUAAUGAUGUUUGUAGAUGAUCAAAAACUGUGAAACAUAUGUUUUGAAUCAUUCCAUGAAGAAUGAACAUUCAUAUAUCAUCUUCAGCAGCAUGACUCAGCACUAUACCUGGUUGCCGUUUCAGUCAUGGGCAGUGUGCGAAUUGACGAGAUCGGGGGUUUUUGUGCCACUGUGCGCAAUCACUUUAUCCCUUCCCUCGUCUCUCAUUCUGAAUGUGUUCUAAUAAAUCCUAAACAACAAAUAGAAGGUUCAUACAUAUAUACAUAUAGUUUAUACUAUAACGUUACCUUUUUGACAUUUGUGUUUUCAGUGAUAUUUCCCUUGUGUCGUUUAUUGUUAUUUGUGUCGUCAUUUUGUUCCCCCGGUCUGUGAUUUCUGUCAACACUCCUCCCCCUCACAGUCCAUGACCCGUUCCGACAACCCACCCAAUUCCUCCCUCUCUGUUUUCUUAUUAUUCGCACCUUGGUUAUAAGCCCACUCAGAUGUGAUGUGACUUAUGUCUUCUGUUGCCUUUGUCAAUAAUGAAAUCCAAGUAUUGGUCAAUAUUAACAUUUCAUGUGGUCACAGGUAGCCAAAAUGACCUCAUGUUAUGAAUCAUAUUAAGGAGUAAUGUGGUUAUUGGUUAAUCCGCAUCCAUGAAAUACAGCAAGCUCAGGAUAUCAGUCAUGGAAUUUCUGUAGCCUUGAUUUUCAAGGGUGAAAUGGUUAGGCUUGUUCUCCAGUGUGUGUUUGGAAUCUUAAUCACUGGGGCUGUAGUAUGGCUGUCAAAUUUAAUUCCUGGAGGGCAGGGGUGGAUUCUACUUUUUGUUCCAGGCAAUUACCCAGAGUAAUUCUGCUUUUUGUUCCAACCAAGUAGCCCAAUUGUCCAAUCAGUUAAGUAGCUGUACACAUUUAUGCCGAUGUUUUUUUUUUUUUUCCUUCCCAAAAUGCACUGCAGCAAAGUAUUCACACGCACACACACACACAUAUAUUCUUCAGUUUUCUUUGGUUUAUUAAAUAAUGACUUUUUUUAAAUGCAGUAUUCAAAUAGUGAGCAAGUGGAGCUGAUUGAGGAAGUAAAGGCAGAAAGCAGCUAAGCGCUGGCUCCACGGGAGAUGAAUCUGUCAGUCAGGAGAGCGAGCCGUGGGCCGUGGAUUCUCAGAGGAGCGCAGCUGCCCCCGAGCUCCUUGAGACGCGACUCCUCAGACUGCUUCCCUCACACGUCGGGACAUCACGAGCGGUGGGGCGUUGACCACUGAGGAGAGUCAGUCUUUGCAUUACGCUUACAGUCACUUAGCAGCCUCAGAGGUCAUUUAGUCCAGACGUAUCGCUCACCUGCCAUUUUUUCCCCUAUUCAUAAUCCGUAAUGCCAUUCUCACAAAAUUGCAUAGAUCCAUAAAUUCCAUAAGCUGUGUGUAAUUUGCUGAAACAUAUUUAUUUAUUUAUUUAUUUAUUUUUAGCUUAUCUGCGGAGAUCCACCUUUCCUCCAGGACUAUCAUGCCAGUUUUUUUAUUUGACAUGAGUGAUAGUCCAUAAACACUAGUUGACUGCAGCAGGAAAUCCAUGCUUUAAAAAAACCUCUGCAUUAAACAGUGCUUUAAUGAUGGCAGAGCAGCAGGUUUGGAUAUGGUACUGUAGACCUCUGUGCAAUCAUCAUCUCUGCAUUCAUGCAUGUGCAUGUGUGAAUGUGUGUGUGCAAAAGAGAUAAACCACAAUGAACUGCGCUCACUAAUGAUGGUUUUCUCUCUUUGUGCUUUCAUAUACGUACAUACAGACACAGUGAGCUCAAUCAUGUUUGAAACAAAGGACAAAGACAAAGACUAAAAAAAUAUAUUUGGCUCUGUACUCCACAAUCAAGAAACUCACAUCAUGUUUUAUACACUUUGUUUUCACCAUGUAGAAAUUACAGCACCUUUCAUACACACCCCACUCCCACCCUUCAUUUCAGGGAACCAUAAUGUUUGGGACAUACUACUGUUAUGUAAAUGAAAGUAGUCAUGUUUAGUACUUUGCCGCAUAUCCUUUGCAUGCAGACUGCUUGACGUCUGUGAUCCAUAUACAUCACCAGGUGCUGAGUAUCUUCUCUGGCGAUCAUCUGCCAGGCCUAUACUGCAGCUGUCUUCAGCUCCUGUUUGUUUCAGGGGCUACUUGCCUUAAGUUUUCUCUUCAGCAUAUGAAAAGUACUUUCAAAUGGAUUCAGAUCAAGCCAGUCAAGAAGUUUCUAGUUUUUGCUUUGAGGAACACCUUUGUUGCUUUAGUAGUAUGUUUGCAAUCAUUAUCUUGCUGUAGAAUGAAGCGGCAUUUUCUAGAACUUGAGCAGAUAAGAUGCUUCUUUACACUUCAGAAUUAAUUUUGCUGUUGCUACCAGCAGUUGCAUCAUCAAUGAAGAAAAGUGAGCCAGUAUACAUGAUAACCAUACAUGCCCAAACCAUGACACCCCCACCACAGUGUUACACAAAUGAGGGGAAAUGCUUUGGAUUUUGGGCAGUUCCUUUUGCCCUCCCCACUUUGCUCUUACUAUCACUGAUACGAGUGAAUCUAGGCCUCAUCUGUCCACAUGACUUUUUUCCAAAACUCUGCAGGCUCUGUUAGGUGCUUCUGGGCAAACUGUAUCCUGUUUUUGCGGCUAUCUAGUGGUUUGCAUCUUGCAGUGUAGCCUGUAUAGUUCUGUUUAUGUAGUGUUCUGUGGAGAGUAGUCACUGACACAUCCACAUGCCUUCUGGAGUGUGUUUUUGAUCUGUUGUUUGUGGGUUUUUCAUUACGGUCAGAAUUUUUUGGUUAUCAACUGUAGAGGUUUUGCUUGACCUACCAAUGCCAUUUGCGAUAACUUAGCUCACCAGUGCUCUUUCUCUUCUUAAUGAUGUGCAGUUGAUUUUGGUAAGGCCAAGGUUUGGCCUAUGUCUGACUGUUUUUUUCUUAUUUCUCAGCCUCGUAAUGGCUUCCCAUUGGCACAACUCUGGUCUUUGUGUUGACAAAAGCCAAUAACAGACUCCAAAGGCAAUAAAAAGCCUAGAAUCAAUACUAGACACUGAAAGCCCUCUUGUAGCUGCGCUAUGGAAGCAACUGAACACAUCUGACAGAAUCAGAAACACUAAUCAGAAACACCUGUGAAGCCAUUUGUCCAAAACAUUAUUGUGCCCUGAAAUUGGGGGUCUAUGUAUAAAAAGUGCUCUAUUUUCUACAUGGUGAAACCAAAAUGUAUAGAGAUACUCUUUAAUAAAAGCUGAGAAUGUGCAAUUUAAUCACAUGUUUGAUUGCAAACCUAUAAUUGGAGAGUACAGCUAAAUCAAGAAAAACUUGUCUUUAUCCCAAACAUUGUGGAGCUCACAGUAUAUAUAUAUACAGAGAGGAAUUGGUCAUUGGUCUACUGUAUAUCUCAGGGGUAGGCAACCCUGGACCUGGGGUUCGAGUGAUGUUUCUGGUUUUUGUUGCAUUUGAGCUUGAUCACAGUAACUUGGGAGUGGUCGUUUGUGUUCAUCAAGCUUAAUGCAAUUAGGUUUAGAUGGGGCAAAAACCAGGACUACUCGGACACUUCAGGAACAAGGUUUCCUUACCUUUGUAUCUCAGUUCUCCCUUGCAGCUGAAAUGUACUCUGGAUUCAAUAGAUGUUCAGUGCAGUACAGAUGACAUACAUGAUAUUUCGUAAUUAUAAUGUUCAUGUUAUUAAUUAUUUAUUUUUUAUAGUCAUUUCGGUUUAUGUUAUUUAUGUAUUUAAAUGUAUAAAAACGAAUUCUUCUCGAUAAUUAGCCUCAGUUUGAAAAGCUCUCUCAACCAGUUUCAUUCAUGCAAAACAGACAGCACUGUGACAAAGGCUAGGCCUGUUUGCUGCUUUCUUAACAAGUGAUGUCGGUCAGCUUUUUUGGUCAUCAUACCAAUUUAUGAAUUCGUUUAUUUUUACCAUUAUUCCAGUUUGUAUGUGGCAGAGCUCAGCUCAAUGCACAUAUAUCCUUGCAGGUUACUGACAAACGUUGCUAACCGUGCUUUCUGGUCAUGUACAUGAGGAGCUCAUGAACAUAAUUGCUCACGAGGAGCUUGCUUGCUGGAAGUGUUCUGCAAAUGCAGCAUAAUCCUAAAUGAAGCUCAAGUUCUUUUUUUUUUUUCUUAAAACUUAUUUCUUUCCCCAUAUGUCGAGAUUGAUUUUGUCUCCUGGUAACAGAGAGAGAAAGCAUACUGAAAGCACAGUUGCUAGGCAACGAGGUGAUCAUCCGGUGCGUGCCUGUGAGCUAUGUGCAGACGGAGCUCUCCUGACUGCACAUUUCCUGCUUCAGGCUUCGGUCCAGAGGGCCACAUCUGCUCCAAGUCGACUGGCUGUAUAUAGGUAUACAUAAAAAACAAAACUAAUAUAUGGCGUGUCAGAUUUCAGUGAGAGAAAGUACUUUGAACUUUAAACUUUUGAGAAAAUAAAUGUGCAAAUUCA